GGAGUGGGUACCAGCCAGCCCCUCCUGCCCUGAUUGUGAACACAGAACAUGUUUGGAUGAAAUCUUCUAUUUUCUGUACAUGACCUCGAAUUAUGACACAUCUUGAAAUCUCCCGUUUAAUGCCUCCCCCUACAAGGGGGAAGUGAGGCAUCCGUCAAUAGCCUGGCACAUGCCAAAUCCAAUUUCUACAGAAUACAGAGGAUACCUGGAGCCUUCCUUACUCCAGAGCAGCUUUAGAAGCCAGGACACCCUUUCUGCUCCUCCCUCCCAACCUGCAAUAUUUCAUUGUGAUUGGCUUUGGCACUUCCCGGUUUAGACAAACUUAUUACAGACGCUGCACAGCCUGGGAGCUUGCAACAAACACAGGAAUGUUGUUACAUGUGUACACAUGUUUCUGAACACCAUGCAAGAUAGUAUUUACGUUUGUUGAAAUGUGGACUGAGAUCCCAAAUUUGCAUUACUGGGAAUCUGAUGGUAAUCUAUGUUCAGUCUGAUGUGCAAGCUAUCAUCACCACGCUAUAACAUGGAGACCCUGCCAUCGACAAAAGUGACGGAAAGCGACAGCAAUAUGUACACAGAGCUCCUACAAACUGUCAGUGUAUUGCAGUGGAUCCUAUGCUUCUUAUUGCUCGGUCCAGGCUGUUUUUUCCUGAUCAUGUUGCUUGCGUGCAGCUCGCUAUGGCCGUUGCUUGUUAUGUACAUGGUAUGGUUUAUGUAUGAUUGGAAUACACCAGAAAGAGGGGGCAGGAAAUCUAUGUGGAUGAAUCAGUGGACUGUGUGGAAGCAUUUUAAAGAUUAUUUUCCCAUAACGCUCCAUAAAACUGUGGAUCUGGAUCCAAAUCAAAACUACAUCUUUGGAUAUCACCCACACGGGAUCUUGAGCAUCGGAGCCUUCUGCAAUUUUGCCACUGAUAGUACCGGGUUCUCUCGUUUAUUCCCCAAAAUGAAGCCAUGUGUGACUACUUUGGCAGGAAAUUUCAAGUUGCCUAUAUUCAGAGAGUAUAUUUUGGCUGCAGGAAUGUGCUCGGUCACCCACUCAUCAAUAGACUAUCUCUUAUCACACAAUGGCCCUGGUAAUGUAGUGGUCAUUGUAGUUGGAGGGGCAGCAGAAGCUUUGAACUGCACAAAGAAGCAGCAUAAACUCACCUUGAAGAGACGAAAAGGGUUUGUUAGGAAGGCACUUGCUAAUGGAUCGUCCUUAGUUCCUGUGUAUUCUUUUGGGGAAAACGAGGUUCUACAGCAAUGCCAGUUUGAGGCUGGAAGUUGGAAGAAAAGCCUUCAAGAAUUAUUCCAGCAUUGGGUUGGAUUUGCUCCUUGCAUUUUCUUUGGACAAGGCAUUUUCUCCAGCAGUUCCACAGGAAUAAUGCCAUUCCGAAGACCCAUCAAUACAGUGGUUGGAAAACCCAUCCCUGUCCCUAGGAUUGAGGAUCCCUCUGAGCAGGAGGUGGACACUUACCAUUCUCUAUAUGUUGGCGCUCUGCAGGAACUGUUUAACACAAACAAGAUGUGUUUUGGUCUACAGCAAAGUGACAAUUUGAUACUGGUUUGAAACCUGUAAUACUGGACCAAUUAUGAAUGCAAUAUUGAGAUAAUAUAGCCUUUGCCAUUAACAGAAUAUGUGUGUACUCUUGAUCUCAUUGAACAGUACAUAGGCUGGGCGUUGAUGGAGAUAACACAUGCUUAUCUGAUGUAUCCUUUUUGAGACCGUUACCAGUUAUAAAGAAUGACGAUAAAGUAA